AUGGCGGAGUAUGUAGUCAGGCCGCUAGUAUCCAUGUUGACAAACAAGGCGUCCAGCUACCUGCUGGACCAGUACAAAGUGAUGAAUGGCAUGGAGGAGGAGCGUGAGACCCUGAAGCGCAAGCUUCUGGCGAUCUUGGAUGUCAUCCAAGAUGCGGAGGAGAAAGGAGCUUCCCGACCUGGAGUGAGUGCUUGGCUCGAAGCACUCAAGAAGGCAGCCUAUGAGGCGAACGAUGUCUUCGACGAGUUCAAGUACGAGGCGCUCAGGCGUGAUGCCAAGAAGAAGGGACACUACAAGAAGCUUGGCUUUGACAUCGUAAGCCUCUUCCCUGCUCACAACCCCAUUGUAUUUCGUUACAGGAUGGGCAAGAAACUGUGCAGGAUUGUGCGCAAAAUUGAGAACCUUGUCAGAGAGAUGAAUGACUUUGGAUUCAACCAAACUCAGCAAGUACCACCAUCCAAGCAGUGGCGCAACACAGAUUCCAUAAUAAUUGACUCUGAGAAGGAUAUUGUCAGCAGGUCCAGAAAUGAAGAGAAGAAGAAGAUCGUGGAUAUAUUGAUUGAUCAAGCCGGCAAUAGGGAUCUCAUCGUCCUUCCCAUUGUUGGAAUGGGCGGGCUGGGCAAGACCACCUUUGCUCAGCUUGUCUACAAUGACCCUGUAAUCAAGGAGCAUUUCCAGCUCCAGAGGUGGUGUUGUGUGUCAGAUGAUUUUGAUGUUGUGAAGAUUGCAAACAAUAUCUGCGAGAUCAAUGAGAUCCAUCGUGAAAAGGCAUUGCAGAACCUUCUGAAAGAAGUAAGUGGGAAGAGAUACCUCAUUGUCUUGGAUGAUGUAUGGAAUGAAGAUGUUGAUAAGUGGGAAAAACUCAAGACCUGUCUGAAGCACGGUGCCAAGGGUAGUGCAAUACUGACGACCACUCGUAAAGCGCAAGUAGCACAAAUUAUGAAGAUGUAGGUAUUGAUGAUAGCCAUAAUCUUGGAAAUCUAGGUAAAGUAUUUCUGAUGGAAAUAUUUGAGAAUAGAGCAUUCUGUUUGCAAAAGCCAAAGGCUGCUGAGCUAAGUGAUGUGGUUGAAAAGAUUCUGGACAGAUGUGGAGGCUCUCCUUUAGCUGCCAAAGCCUUUGGAUCUAUGUUGAGUAACAAGACUAGCAUGAAAGA